AAACAAAGCAUCAACUAAGGGGGUUAAGACUAACAUGCAAAUCAUUUUUAAGGACUUCAAGAAGCAGACGGUCCCAAUUGAAGUUGAAUUGACCGAUACUGUUCUUUCAACCAAGGAAAAAUUGGGCCAGGCUAAAUCUUGUGAAGCAUCCCAAAUCAAAUUGGUAUAUUCCGGUAAAGUUCUCGUCGAUGACAAGACAUUGGAAGAGUAUAAGAUCAAGGAAGGUGUUUCGAUAAUUUUCAUGAUUUCCAAGGCGAAGUCAAGCCAAUCAUCUACUCCACAACCACAAGCGGCUGCUACGCCAGAACAGAAACCUGCCAGUGAGUCACAGCCAAAACAAGAAACAAGCCAGUUGGGCAACGCAGCAGCUACAUCGGCAGCUGCAGCCGCUGCGCCUGCUUCCGAUGAAGCUGUUACUGAAGCACCAGCUAGCACAUUUGCCGUUGGAUCAGAACGUGAAGCUACCAUCCAAAACAUUAUGGAAAUGGGAUACGAUAGACCACAAGUUGAGAACGCAUUAAGGGCUGCAUUUAACAAUCCCCACAGAGCCGUGGAAUACUUGAUUACUGGUAUCCCUGAAAGCUUACAGGUUCCAGUAGCUGCACCAGCUGCACCAGCCCCAGCAACAACCGGAGAAGGUGAAGAAGAGGAAGAAGAAGAGGACCAUGAAACUCACGGUGAAAAUCUUUUUGAAGCUGCUGCCGCCGCUGCUGCCGCCGGACAACAAGGUCGUACAGCAGGUGAACAUAGUGCAGGAGCUGGUGCUGCCGGUGCCAGCUUAGAGGACGAUGACCAACAAAUGCAACUUCUUCGUACUGCGCUUCAAACCAACCCUGAACUUAUUCAGCCAUUACUUGAACAAUUGGCUGCUACAAACCCUCAAAUUGCAAGCUUGAUCCAACAAGAUCCCGAGGCUUUUAUUCGUACGUUCUUAGGUGGAGGAAGUGACGAUUUUGGAUUUGAAAUCGAAGGAGAAGGCGAAGACGCCACACAAGGAGGACAAGAAGGUCAAGGAGAAACAAUUAGAAUCGCAUUAACUGAAGCUGACCAAAAUGCUAUCAAUAGAUUAUGUGAACUUGGGUUUGAAAGGGAUUUAGUUAUUCAAGUAUAUUUGGCUUGCGACAAGAACGAAGAAGUCGCUGCCGAUAUUCUAUUUAGAGAUAUGUAAUAUGUUAUAUAUUGAAAUCUGAAUGUAAAAUAAUUACUAUAUUUUGAGUUCAUCAAGUGAAUGGAUUAUAGUAUGGGAAGCAAUGUCUGACUCGGAUAGUGGUGCGUUGCCUUCACGUACAACAACAUAACUAUUCAUGCCUGCUUUAAUUGCAGCAUCAACUUCUGCAAUAUUAUCGCUGAGGAACAAUACUUCUUCGCCAGCCUUGCCGAUCUCGUUUAAAAUCUUGGUGUAUGAACUCAGUUCGAAUUUGUAUCCGACAGCAGGAAUAUCAAAAUAUCCAUUAAUGAAACCGUUCAAGUCAACACUUUUAUCCUCGUCCAAUACGUGACCAAACAACAAUUUCUGGGCACCAAUACUACCAGAAGAGUAAAUAAACAAACUUGGAAAUCUUCGUAUAAACUCGAUUGAGUCGCGAUACACAGGAGCUUUAAUUUCCCCACUGGAAUAUCCCAAUUGCCAAACUUCUCCCUGGAGUGACUUCAAAACAGGAUCUUUGACAUCAUUAUCUACGAGCUGUUUGAAGUGUGCGAAUGCUGAUUGACUCGAGGUGAAGGACAGGGAGGCAAGGAUCUUUUCGAUGCUGGUUGUUGGUGACGUAAUAGGAAAUGUGACUUGAGAAAGGGUUUCCGGAAGUUUGUCAAGAAAGUAAGGAAACAAUGUCGUCUUAACAAAUGUUAUUGGGCAGACAGUACCUUCGAUGUCGAGGAUUACCGUUGUAAUUGUCAUAUUUAUCUUGUGAUUGUCAAGGUAUACCUAUAAAACGU